AACAAUCUUUCGAGAUAGUAUGUUGUGUCUCCAGCUCUAGGCUAGUCUAAGUUCACAUUCCUGGAAAUUUAAUGCAGUUCCCAAGCUGUGCUUCUCAGGGUUGCCUGCACAAACAAUUUUGAUUGUCGGGACAUUUAGUGUUCAGGUCGACAAGGAGUCCCACAAUGGAUUGUAAAGAGGGGGAUGGUCAGAGGGAGGGUCAAGCCAUGGGCUCUUCCAGCCCCCGGUCGUGUGGAGUGACCACUGAUGUGGAUGGCAUGCCAGCCACCGUCAACAUUCUCAAGCCUCAGAUUGACCUGAUCUUCUCCGAGGUUCAGAAAAACCUGCCCACCAUCGACUUUGACUCUUCAGAUAUAUCAUCGGACAACGAUGAACCAAUUUUCUUCCACCAACAGCUGAAAAUGGGUGAGCUGAGUGGUGCCUUUGACGACGACAAAGAUUUAGACACCUCCCUCAGUGGUGGGGACUCUCCUCUGGUUGGCAGAACUGUCGAGGGGACAGUUUCCUCGUCCCGUGUCAACGGCAUUAAAAAUAACUCUGAAGAUGAAAACGAACUCAAAGCAGAUGAUGAGGGAGAUGAUAUGUAUGAUAAUGACCUUGCUGCGUUUUUGGAAAAGUCUUCGUUUCCUUCGGAUGAUGAAAUUGUCGAGUGGCGGAGGAUGUCGGACAAAAUGGAGGAGUAUCAACGGGCGGAGGAGAGGCAUGAGCUGGACGAUCUUCGUCGCUCUCAGCUUCUCGGUCAUCUGACCAAUAUCCGACAGUCUCUCACCGCAAGCUCUACAGGCACAUCCACAUCUACCGAUGGCCACUUUGGUCAGCAAAACCGAUCGACCGUUUCAACCUCCACCCAAGCAUGUGAAGGUCCCGUCGAUCCUACUCAAGUGACGAUAGAAACAGAUGAACAGGAAGUAGGUCAGCAAGAUGACGCCCCUCCCACAGUCAAACUGUUCAACCAAAGGCUGCAAGACGAUAUGGCGAACGUUGACCCCAAAGAAAGGAGAAGGUUACUGGCACAACAGAACCGCAGUAAAGAUUCUGAAAUUGCUUCAAAGUUUGCGCCGAGAGAGCCCACCAUGUUGUCCUUGAGAUUUUUUGAAGAAGUCGACUUAGAUUCCGUGCUGCAUGCUGCCAGCGAGGAGAACAUUCCCAUCUCAAGCCUGAGGCUGGUUGGUCGGCCCACGGCCAAUCAGAUCCCACAGUCUCAUAGUGGGGGUGGCGACACCAACGGGAAAGACGCAGCGGAGGAACUGACACUCAUCCAAAAGCUCGCCCAUCUGUCCAUGACCCACAGCGGGACUGACCUCAACAAGGUCAAGGCCGUUGACCCUCGCACAGGUGCCGUCAUCGAACAAACGGACCCUCGGCUCAUCAGUAACCAGUCGCAGGACGACGCAGCUCCAAGACAGCCACAGAACACAGAGGGGCCGGAGCCCGGGGAUUUUUCCACACAGACUCCAGGAACGAGCAUUUCCAGCGCGGGCACCAAUACGGCCACCGCCGGGGGUCCCAGCAAGAUUCUCUUUGGCAGACUGAAACAUGAGAAGCGAGACAAGGAGCCACCGACCGUGUUCAUUGACCUGCGAGGGUUUGAGAAACAGAAACAAGAGGAGCACCAAGGGCUGGAGAGUGUGCAACGCGUGUUGGGAAUUCAACCUGGACAGCAAGGCGAGGAGGAGAGCUCAAGUGACGAGGAGGAAGAGAUGGUGGAGCGCUGCGACUGGCGCCUCACCCGGCAGAAGAUCAAGCAGGACCUCACCACGCAGGGGGCGGCCGCCACUCUCAGACCGUCGUCCAGAACCGUGGGAGGCGGAGACGGUCGGCAGGAGUACAAGAAACCCCCGAGAGUCAUCAACCUCCAGGAGCAUUCAGUCAGCAAAAAGUGGGCGAGGAGACCCGAGUCGUCUUCGGCCGAUCCUGGAGAGGAAGGGGAGGAGUCAGAGGAGAGGAGGAUGAGGGAGGAGGAAGACAACAAGGCUCGCAUGGAGAAGCUGGAGGCGGAGAGAGAAAAGGAAAGACAGAGGGAGGAAGCCAGGUGAAGAGGAACAUUUUUUAAAUACAAUGUUUGAAUUGGAAAUGUCCUGUUUGGUUUUAAGGAAGUCGGCCUUCUUUUUAGUUUUGUUUUUAAUGAUAAUGUUAAAAAUAACUUCGACGUAUAUUCAUAUUUUGCAGCAUUCUCUAUGUGCUUUACAACCCUUUAUAUUGCUUUUGGUUGGCUAUGCUGACCCUGCUGAUGCUAUGAGUGUGGUUUAUGUAGACAGGAUUUCUGACCAAAAAAUCGCUAAGGAGGUCUGUCUUUAUAGGCCUUUCAUUGGAGAGGAUGCACAUUGUUGAUUGGUCGAUUUAUGUUUUCAACCUUAUCCCGAGACGCUGAAAAUUUUGGAAUUUUACUGAUGUAUAUUUCUAUAAACUUUGUCAAACUUGCUGUUGUUGUGUCUUAAAAAAGAAAUAAAUGUAAUGGAAAUCUCAGUUUCCGUAUCCUCCAAAAUAAGAUAAUAUAUGUGAGGCAGCGUGGUGGAAUCAGG